GCAGGGCCACACAGCUGGUGAGUGGAGGAGUGCGCUGAGCCGGGAUUUGAACGCCCCCCUGUCUGGCUGCAGAACCCGUGCCAUCCAGCGGGAAAGAGGCGCAUCCCCGGCCCAGCCGCGCAGAGAGGACUGCGCACCGUGUCUGCCGUGCGUGCGGAGCCCCACCUCCCCACGCGGCGCACGGCUGCGAGGGCGGCCCCGGGGCCCCGCCCCCGGGCGCCUGCGGCGGGGGCAGCGGGUUCUUCUCCCGGUCCGCCGUCGGGGGCCGCUGCCCGCGGUCCCCGGCGCCGGGCGCGCCCCGCAAGAUGUCCGGGCGCCGCGGCCGGCAGCCCGGGCCCCGCCUGUGCUGGCUACUGUGCUGCAGCGCCCUGCUGUCCCCGGCCACGGGCUACGUGAUCGUGAGCUCCGUGUCCUGGGCCGUCACCAACGAGGUGGACGAGGAGCUAGACAGCGCCUCCACCGAGGAGGCGCUGCCCGCGCUGCUGGAAGACUCGGGCAGCAUCUGGCAGCGGAGCUUCCCGGCCUCGGCGCACGAGGAGGAGUCUCACCUGCCGCCCCCAGAGGGCACCGCCCGCGCCAGGCCGCCCCCUGCGCCGCCCGGGAUGUUCUCCUACCGGCGCGAGGGCAGCGCGAGGCUGCGCCCGGGCACCGCCCGCUUCCUGGCCCACGCCAGCGCCUGGGGCUGUCUGGCCACCGUGUCCGCCCACGAGAAGAUCCCAGGACUGCCGUUUGGGAACUGCCUGCCGGUCAGUGACGGCCCCCUCAACAACAGCACGGGGGUUCCUUUCUUCUACGUGACACCCAAGGACCUCCUGGUGGCUGAUCUGAUGAAGAACCCCACGGCCUCCCUCCUGCUGCCGGAAUCCGAAGGAGAGUUCUGCAGAAAAAAUAUCGUCGACCCAGAAGAUCCCCGCUGUGCCCGGUUAACGCUCACUGGCCAGAUGGUCGCGGUGUCUCCGGAAGAAGUGGAAUUUGCCAAGCAAGCCAUGUUUUCAAGACACCCAGUUAUGAGGAAGUGGCCUCGUCAGUAUGAAUGGUUCUUUAUGAAGAUGAAGAUAGAACAUAUCUGGCUUCAGAAAUGGUAUGGAGGAGUAGCUGACAUUUCCAGGGAGGAAUAUUUCAAAGCAGCUCCAAGAAAGGCCUGAUGGAGUGAAAAGAAGGUCCUUGAUGUUUGCGUAAAAUGAAAACCUUUUGAGCGAUGCUGCCAGACAGCAGUUGACUGCUGUCUCUUUGUGAAAGGGUUCAUUGCAGCCCUGUCAGUCUUACAGCAGAGUGAGAGCGGGUCACCACGGACCCCUGUGCUAGCUGGAGAUUGGAGUGGCCAUUUGCAAAUGGCCAGAUCACACAGGGACUUCACAUAGAGAGUCUGUUUACAUGUGUUCAGUCCAGACUCCUAUGUGGGAUCACUGUUGGUUGUCAAAGUGACAUGUUGAGACAGUUGCUGUUCCAUUCUUUAAGAUAAAAAACAACAAGAACAACAAAAAACCCUAUGCCUGUAUGUACAAUGUGAUUGCUUUGUAUCGUGAGAGUAUGUUUGUUGCUUGUUGUACCCAAAGCAGUGUCCUGGUUCUGAGCUCAUUGCAACCACAGAAGAACUAAAUACGCAUCAUACAGCUGCCGUCUUGUGUUUAGGGUGAGGGUGCAGGACUCUUUGUCUGUGGGUUACCAUCCUGCUGCAGAAUGGCAAAUGCGUUAUUGAGCCCCGUUUGCUAGAAUGUACUGGUCACUCGUGAAGCUUUUUUCCCACUGCAACAUGACAAACCAUGUGGGAACCCCCCGAGUUUGGUGCACAGCCCUAUUCUAGGUGAUCGGGCCAUGGUGGUACAUUAAGGGAGGGGCAGCUUCGGCAACAGGCUCCCCAGAUCCCCUCUGCUAGUGCUGGGAUAGAGGGUCCCCUUCUCUUAGGCAUGGGGAGUGGUACUCAGUCUGUGGUAGAGAGAGAGGAGGGGGACAGGGAGAGGCUGGAAAGGAAGCAAAGGCAACGUAUAAGAAAAGGAAGGAAAGAAGUAAGUAACUGGAGGUACGCUCCCUACGCAGCCAUGGGCCAGGCCCUUGACGGGGUCAUCUCACUGAAGCCUUACAGCCAAUGAGAUGAAUCAUCAUUGCCACUUACAGACAAGGACACUGAGGCUCAGAGAGGCUAAGUCAACAUCCCAGGGUCUGAUUCCACCACUCACUGCACGCAAUGGAGAGAGUGGUACCUAGACAAUUUCCAAUUCUAAGAACAAGACAAAAGAGUUCCUGGUAGUCAUUGAAUCAGUAAAAUCAGUAAAGCGAUGACUAACCUGCCUGUAGAUUGGCCACUGUUUUCUACCAAAAAAGAAAACAAGUCUCUGAAAUUUGAUUCUCAUUACAGAUUUUAAAUUUUCUACAAAUUGUAUGCAGGAGCACCUGCGUUGUACCUGUGUGUAUACCUAAGGGCUACAAGGACCUAUGUGUAUACUUCCAAGACCUCUUAUAUUGAAAUUUAUAAAGGGUCUAGCACCACCCAGUUUUCUGCCUUUUUAUAUGGCUCUAAACCCUCUUUGGUCAGUUAGGUAUAUUGUAUAAAUAUAAAACUACAAUACACAAAAUAUAGGAAAUAUACAUUAAAAAAAUAAAUAAUAGUGUUAUUAAUGGUUACACUUUUGUUUAAAAAAUUAAGACACAAAGAGAGUUUGAGCUGUCCAAAUAUUUUUAAGUGCCUGUUACUAAAAGCAUAGUAAGAGGCACAGAAUUCUUUAUUUAUCAAAAGUCAAAUCACAAAAGUGUUCCUUAACAAUAGCAAUUUCUAAUAUAUAAGAAUAAGGUAACUUUGAGGGUAUUUCAUAUUUUCAGAGUUUAAAAUUGUUGCUACCCCCAUUUAGAGGUAAGAGGGGAAAACUGGAAGGAGAAACCACAUACUCCAUAAGCCAACCUCAAAUUGUAAUUCUCUGGAACGUCUCUGUGUCCAAGUCCCGUCUGAAAGAUAAUUUUCCUAACGCUAGUUUUGCUUUUACAAUCAGGUUUCACUUAGCUUGUUAAAGCUCACUCAGCUGCCUCGAGGAGCUUUGCAGCUUAACCACUGAUGACGGUUAUCAGUUAUUCAUCCAAAUUACAGGGAAUGGAAUCUGAACAGGUUGGAUGAUAAGAAGAGUGCUGAAAAGGCAUCUGCUUGAAAGGGAACCCUCUUGCACUGUUGGUGGGAAUGUAAAUUGAGACAGCCACUAUGGAGAACAGUAUGGAGGUUCCUUAAAAAACUAAAAAUAGAAUUACCAUAUGACCCAGCAAUCCCACUACUGGGCAUAUACCCAGAGAAAACCGUAGUUCAAAAAGACACGUGCACCCCAAUGUUCAAUGCAGCACUAUUUACAAUAGCCAGGACAUGGAAGCAACCUAAGUGUCCAUCGACAGAUGAAUGGAUAAGGAAGAUGUGGUACAUAUAUACAAUAGAAUAUUACUCAGCCAUAAAAAGAAACGAAAUUGGGUCAUUUGUAGAGACGUGGAUGGAUCUAGAGACUGUCAUACAGAGUGAAGCAAGUCAGAAAGAGAAAAACAAAUGUCAUAUAUUAGCGCAUAUGUGUGGAACCUAGAAAAAUGAUAUAGAUGAACCGGUUUGCAGGGCAGAAAUAGAGACACAGAUGUAGAGAACAAACAUAUGGACACCGAGGGAGGAAAGUGGGGGUGUGUGUGUGAUGAAUUGGGAGAUUGGGAUUGACAUAUAUACACUAAUAUGUAUAAAAUAGAUAACUAAUUUAAAAGAAUCUAAUUUAAAAUAGAUAUCUAUAAAAUAGAUAACUAAUAAGAACCUGCUGUAUAAAAAAUAAAUAAAAUUCUAAAAUUCAAACAAAAAAAGCAAAAAAAAAAAAAGAAAAGGCAUCUGUUUGAGAAUAAUGGACCCCAUUCAGGCCAGUAAGUUUUAGCAAAUCUCUAGAAAUUUACAUUGAUUAAAAUUUUAAAGGCUGUAUUGGAAGUUCUGGACAUGGCAAUAAGGCAAUAAAAAGAAAUAAAAUGCAUAUGAUUGAAAAGUAAUAAAAGUAUCCCUAUUUACAGAUGAUGUAACUGUCUACAUAGAAAAUUCCAAAAAAUCUAUUUAAAAAAAAAAAGUAAAACAA